AAGACGUUUCAAGCAUCUAUAUAAAUCCACUCACCAUAGAAAGCAAGGUACAAUAAAAACAAUUUCAACGUUUCGUUUUCCUGUACCUCUUUUAAGAAUAAAAAAAAAAAAAAGAAAUGGGAAAAAUUUCAUUAGCGAUAUGUCUAACGUUGCUUGUCACAUUAAGCACUGUUUAUGAAACACAAGGGACGUUCUCAUUACCCCUUUACUUGAAAAAUUUCCCCAAACUGGGCAAAGACUAUGAGGCUUUCGCAAACAAAGGUAUAUCGGACUUUUUGGGUGACCUAGAGGGUAUGUGUCCUAAAACCGCAGAGUUCAAGGAUUUCUUUGAAAACUUGAAGGAUUACAUGGCCUUCUUCAAUUCAGCAGCACCCGGGUCAAAAGACAACCAGUUCGAGAUGUUCGUAAAAUCUGAAAAGCUGUUCAAGGCUUUGUCUGCUUUCAACAGUAGUAAAGGCGGAACAUCAGAGGAUUCGUGGAAGCUGGUGGAUGGAUUGUUGUCAAUGGGUAAAGGUUUGGUUGAGAUGAAGAAGAGCGGUUCGAAGGAGAUAACUUUUGAAGAGAGAAGAGAUCUGAUCAGUUCUAUGGUGAAAUGGGCUAGAGCCAUCGGUCUAUUCGUGAAGGCGGCCUCUGAAGAUAAAGGACAGUCUAUUGAUCUGGCAUCUUUUGGGAUUGACUAUGACAACAAUGUAGAAUCCCCUUUUUCAAAAAGAGCUAUGUAUGAAACACAAGGAACGUUCUCAUUACCUCAUUACGUGAAGAAUACCCCCAAAAUGGGCAAAGCCAUUGAGCCUUUCGCUUACAAAGGUAUGUCGGACUUCUUGGGUAGCCUAGAGAGCAAGUGUCCUGCGACACCAGAGUUCAAAGAUUUCUUUGUAAAGUUGGAGGACUAUAUGGCCUGCUUCAAGUUGGUAUCACCCGAAUCAAAAUUCGAGAUGGCAGUGAAAUCGGAUAAGCUCUUCACGGCUAUGAUUUCAUUGGAUGGUACUAAAGGCGGAUCAGUGGAUUCGUGGAGGAUGCUUGAUGGUAUGUUGUCAAUGGGAAAAGUUUUGGUUGAUAUCAAGAAGAGCGGUUCCAAGGAGAUAACUUUUGAACAGAGAAGAGAUCUGAUCAGCUCUAUGGUGAAAUGGGCUAGAGCUAUCGGCCUAUUCGUGAAGGCGGCCUCUGAGCGUAAAGGAAAAUCUAUUGAUCUAGCACCUUUUGGAAUUGAUUAUGAAAACAAUGUCGGAAAUGGAAAAGGUAACUUUAGAACCGGCCCUGUUCUCAUAGACGACGGCAGCGAGCUCUAAUCUUCCAACGAAAAAGGCUCCCAAGUAAACAAGAAAUAUGUAACAAUAUAUGGAGACAGCCCUGCUUUGUUAAACAGCAGCGUGCUGUAGAACAUUUUUGGUUAUUGUAAAAACUAUAUUAAUCAUAUUACUAAAAUAAAAUUAUUACAAAUCUUAACUCGUUAAACAGAAGCUUUACCUCUAUAUGUAGAUCUAUUAUUCAACAGCCUUUCGGAACACAAGUGAAAAAACAUCCGCAUCUUCAGUUUCUUGUCUUACACGCUAGUUUUGGAUCAUUAUCUAGGUGUCUUGAAACACCCGUAAACUUUCCAACCAACCAACCUGUGUUCAUAAAUCUCAAGCAACCUGUAUCUAUAUUGUUCUCAGUCUCAAUGUUAUACACUCUCUUC